UGGUGGAAUGAAGCACUUCGUCCGGGGAAGAAGCGAGGGCCGAUUGCUAUCGGGUCUACACCAUGCAUAGAUGCGCAUGUCUGGCCGCGGACGACGCCGAUGGUCUCCCCGCGUGUCACCGAGAGGGUUGACCAACACCUGAAGAGCGUGGUGGACCACAACCGACAGGAGGUUGAACUGUUAAAGGAGACAAGGCUUCGUGAGGAUAACGCUCGUAAGGAAUCGGAGAAGGAGGUUGAAAGGCUUAAGGAUGAGAUCGCCAAACUUCAAACCAGUCAGAAGAAAGGAGGUACUAACCCGAAGAGACGGAUGGAUGCUGCCGCUGGAGCCUCUGCCCUUAAAGGGAAAGGUGUUGUUGUUGCCUCUCCUGUUGUUUUGACCAGCCACCGCGAAGCUGUCUUGAAGGCUGCGCAGCGGGAUCUUCGUGUUAUAAAGAAAGAUGCGGUGACUAGAAUUUGUGAGGAAGAAGGUGUGUCGUAUACCACCCUGGACUCGACGAAGGAGGCAAUUGCGCAAGCUCGAACUUACAAAGCCGUUGCGGAUGACGAAAUCAAUAAAGAUCUAGGUAAGCCGGAUUCUGUCGUCGAGGUUACCGAGGAUGAGGAUGACUCUGAAAAAAGCGGGGGGUGUGACUCGGCGGACUCUUAGGGUCACCCCCCGACGCGGCUCUCUUGUGGGGUUUAGUACUCUUUUGCUUAAGAUUAC